GUCGCUUCCUAUCCGAAAUAGUAGCAAGAAAAUGGCAGCUGCGCGCAAAAUCGUGUUUAUUUACGUGCUGUCUACGAUUGAUUGAUCACAAAGUAUCGUAAAGUAAUCGAGCUGAGCGGGAAAGCGAUUAGUGCUUUUGUUGGUGGAUCGUUGAAAAUGAACGAUAGAGGAUCGGUUAAACGAGGAGGAAAGAUAGAAAAGGACGUUUGAAAAUACCAACCGAAUGAAUAUUUUCUUGGUGGUGGUCUCUCGCGUACGCAUACGUAGCUGCAUCGAAUCUUUGUCCCUUGGACAACUCUAACCUCUGAAAGGAGUCGCGCAGUAGCGCCGUACCUAGGCGUUCUGGAAUUUUCCUAGGAAUUGUCAAGGUUCCCUCGGCCAAAGCACAAAGUGGCCCUCCACCGUUAUUUUCCGGCACGAUGCCAUGUUUCCGCGUUCUCUGAAUCCACGAGCGUUCAAAAUCUUAACCAUGGCUGACGAAGUUCUGCCGGCGAGUUUGGAGAAACUCGAAAUCGAUCGACUCUCGUCGAGUUGUCCCCACAUUGCCUCGACGGAAACCUUGAAACCAACGAAUCCUUUUAGAACGACAGGCAAGAGCACAAGUCCCGAUUGCAGUUACUUGUUUAGAAGAAAAUCGAUGCCUAAUAAUAGAUCAGUGCCAUCCACGACGAUUACCCGGUACGGUGUAAAAAGUACAACGAACUUUAAGCCUUCUAAGAACGAAAGACUUCAAGACAAGACAAAGAAGAAUUCUAUCAUUAAGGAGGCUGUUUUGCAACUGGGUUCUACCGAUACUAAUUGUUUAAGUGAUAAUUUAGCUGGUAGUCUGGUCAAACAGACCUGCAGAUAUAGUAUUCCUGGUAGAAAUUGUAAAACAUUUGGUCACGGUUCUGUCACUAAAGACUUUAAGGCGUUAAAUAUUAGUCAGGACUCUAGACAAGCUAAAGACGAUACAAGCAUCCAAGACAAUUAUCAAGGUGGAAGUUUUCAACGCGCUCGCAGUAAUACGAUGCCAAGUUUAAAGAGAGGUCCUGGUCCAGGCGGGGGUGGCCAACAAGAUGCUAUCCCUGUAUCCGGCCAAUCCCCAAAUACGAACACUUGUUCCGUACAAGCGCGUAUAUCACCGCCUUCCUGUGACGUUACUAUAGACGAACUUGCCAGCUACUUUGAGGAGUUCGUUCAUAUUCCAAAGAAAAUGUCUCACAUGGCAGAAAUGAUGUACAUUUAAUCGACAAUGCGCGUUUCCUGUGACAAGAUUUAAUUUGGUAUCUAAAUUAUAUCUAAUAAAAGGCAAAAUAAUUCAUAAAGCUUAUUCGAUGCCGAGGAGCGGAAAAUAAUCACGAGUUAUCUCUGGGUUUCUCUCUCUCUCUCUCUCUCUCUCUCUCUCUCUCUCUCUCUCUCUCUCUCUCUCUCUCUCUCUCUUUUUUCUUUACUAGGGAAGUUGUUGUUUGCACUUAUUAAGAUGAUAGAUAUGCAUGUUGCUAUUUGACCUAUCUCUGUGUUUCUAUUCAUUAUAUGUUUCCUGUGUCUCCUUUCAAUUGUAAAGAUAAACACUCAUUAUUUAAGAAUUUUUUGUAUUUCGAGGUAAAUUAUUGGUCUUAGAAUAAAUCUCCUGGGAUCAAAACGUUAUGCCCGUUAAGUCCGAUCAACUUUUUACCCAUACAUUACUGCAACGUCCUUCCGAUCGAUCAGAAUUGAUUGACAGAAAUAAUCUCAUGGGAUUCCUAGUAGUGGAUACGUAAGUCCGGCAACGGGAAGAAAUAUUUUCACGGCCUCUAAUAUGGUACAUAAUAUAUUUAUCUGUAUAGGCUUAAGGUAAUUAAUCCAAUAAUACAAAGUAAUCAUUAAAUUACUUAAUGAUAAUAAGCUUUGGUACAUAAAAAAUGAUGACGUUAUACAUAUACAGAUUCUUUUAUCUCAAAGGAUAGCGGUGAAUCGUAUUUACGUGGCGCCGGUUAUGUUAAAACGAUCGAAUAUAAUGAAAAAAUAUUUCUUCUAUCCUCUGCUCGUGCACCACGUGACGACCAUUUUGUUGUUGCUGCUGCUGCUGCUGCUGCUGCUGCUGCUGCUGCUCCUGUUGUUGCUGUUGUUGUUCAAAAGUGCAUGUAAUUCGCGACGAAUAACCAACCGUUAAACUUGUUACUAUAUACACAACAUUAGUACGUGUAAUGUCGCGGUAAUCCCGUGCAAUGUUCAAACUCUGUAUCAAAACGUGAGGUCUGCUGCUAUAUCACAGAUUUAUCAAGAUUUCAUUUGAACGGGGCAACGGCGAGAUACGCGUGUUAAUAAUCAUAGAGAUAGAAAUUUGUCGAAUCGAGAUAGUAUCACGAUAUAUACCGAUAUGAGCCACAGGGGGCUCGCUCAUCAUAUUUUGUUUCGUUAGGUACACGAUAGAACGAAUGAGAAUGCCUUUCUGAAUUGCCGCCGUAACGUUUGAUUCUUUUAAUUAUAGAAUGGCAGUUGGAGCGUUGGCGAAUCGUUUGUUCUUAAAAAUGAUUUAUCCUCUUCGACGAAGAAACGAGUACGUCGAUCACGUGAUGCUUUUGCAAGAGUCUAAAGUUAGAAGAAAAAAGAAAAGUUAAAAUAGAUUGUGGGGAAAAAAAAGUCUCUCUGAUUUACUACCGAUGCGCUCGGUAUAUCAAUGAAAUCAUUCUUUUUUUUGCAAUCUGUAUAUCUUUCUCUUUUUCUUCUUAAAUCCAUUAUUAUAUGGAAUCGAACUUGCAUAAGACGACUAUGUAUUCUACAAACUACUACGGCGACACUUUCGAUCGUCGGCAAAACUUUCAAAUGAUCAUCCUUCUUUCUUUUUCUAAACCUCACGAAAAAACAACAACAUUUUGAUCAGUAUAAAACGCUCAUAGAAAAAUGUACUGGACGUGGUAAUAGCUAUCUAAAGCUACAAAACGUGACAUUUUUAACGCGCAUAUCACCGCUUAUAUCUUUCAUUCCUUUCUCACGUUCUCGUGUAUUUUUUUUUUCUUUUUUUUUCUUUUUUUUUUUUACUUUUUCUUUAAUUUUCCUUAAUGUCGCGCCAAUCGACUAAUUCGCAGUAAAAUGCUCGUGAAAAAUAUUUAGUUAGGACACGCGUAACACAAUUAUUUUCUCUCUCUCUCUCUCUCUCUCUCUCUCUCUCUCUCUCUCUCUCUUUCACAAUGAAAUUUCGAUAAACUAAUGAUUUAUAUCCAUAGACUUAAUCCUAACGAUACGAUUUCGCAUGGGACGACGAUGAAAUAGACGAAAUAUCGGACACCCUCUCCCUCUCUAAAAAGGAAAACGUGUGGAUACGUAGAUUAAAUGACGUAUCGAUUUUUUCGGAGGAGAUUCGAAUAACUAUCGCGUUUAAUUAUUUUUUAACGUUUCUACCUUUUUUCAUCUACGUUCUAAUUUUAACCUGUCAUUUGUAUAUAUCUUUAGUAAAAAAUUUACAAUUCUCCUCUCUUUUUCUUUCUCUUUCAUUCAGACAUUUUGUACGAAUAACAUCGAUGGCUUAUUAUAUCUUGCGUACCAUUUUUUACUAGAUCGCCUUUAACGCACGCACGCACGCACGCACGCACGCACGCACGCACGCACACACACACACACA